AUGGCCAACCCUCCUCACGGCGGUGUCCUCAAGGACCUGUUGGCCCGCGAUGCCCCCCGCAAUGCUGAGCUGGCCGCAGAGGCAGAGACGCUGCCCGCACUCCUGCUGACGGAGCGUCAGCUUUGUGAUCUUGAGCUGAUCAUCACCGGUGGCUUUUCUCCUCUCGAGGGCUUCAUGACUGAGAAGGACUACAAUGGCGUCGUCAAGGAGAACCGUUUGACCGACGGUGCACUCUUCAGCAUGCCCAUAACCCUAGACCUGUCUCAACAGACAAUUGACGAGAACGGUGUCAAGCCCGGUGCCCGCAUCACUCUCCGCGACUUCCGUGACGACCGCAACUUAGCCAUCCUCACGGUUGAGGAUGUCUACCGCCCGGACAAGCAGCUCGAGGCCAAGGAGGUCUUUGGCGGCGACCCCGAGCACCCUGCCGUUAACUACCUCUUCAACACGGCUGGUGAGUUCUACGUCGGCGGUAAGCUCGAGGCUGUCAACCGCCUGCAGCACUACGACUUUGUCGACCUGCGGUACACCCCCGCUGAGCUGCGCACACACUUUGACAAGCUCGGCUGGAGCCGCGUCGUCGCCUUCCAGACGCGUAACCCCAUGCACCGUGCCCACCGUGAGCUGACGGUCCGCGCCGCCCGCUCGCACCAUGCCAACGUCCUCAUCCACCCCGUCGUCGGCCUGACCAAGCCUGGCGACAUUGACCACUUCACGCGCGUGCGCGUCUACAAGGCACUCCUGCCUCGCUACCCUAACGGCAUGGCGGUGCUGGGUCUGCUGCCGCUGGCCAUGCGCAUGGGUGGUCCCCGUGAGGCCAUCUGGCACGCUAUCAUCCGCAAGAACCACGGCGCCACACACUUCAUCGUGGGCAGGGAUCACGCCGGGCCGGGCAAGAACAGCUCCGGCGUCGACUUUUACGGACCGUACGACGCCCAGUACGCCGUCGAGAAGUACAAGGACGAGCUGGGCAUCGAGGUGGUGCCCUUCCAGAUGAUGACCUACCUGCCCGACAGCGACGAGUAUGCCCCCAUCGACACCAUCGAGAAGGGCGUCAGGACGCUCAACAUCAGCGGCACCGAGCUCCGCUCCAGGCUGCGCAGCGGCAGGGACAUCCCCGAGUGGUUCUCCUACCCUGAGGUGGUUAAGGUCCUCCGGGAGAGCCACCCGCCGCGGUCGCAGCAGGGUUUCACCAUCUUCCUGACGGGUUACCAGAACAGCGGCAAGGACCAGAUCGCGCGUGCGCUCCAGGUGACGCUGAACCAGCAGGGCGGCCGUUCCGUGUCGAUGCUGCUCGGCGAGACGGUGCGGAGCGAGCUCUCGUCGGAGCUGGGCUUCUCGCGCGAGGACCGCGACAAGAACAUUGGCCGCAUCGCGUUUGUUGCUUCGGAGCUGACCCGGUCCGGCGCGGCCGUCAUCGCGGCCCCGAUCGCGCCCUUUGAGGCCUCGAGGCAGCACGCCAGGGAGCUCGUGGAGAAGCACGGCGACUUUUACCUCGUCUGGGUCAACACCCCUCUCGAGCACUGCGAGAAGACUGACAAGCGCGGCAUCUACAAGCGCGCCCGCGCCGGAGAGAUCAAGGGCUUCACGGGCGUCGACGACCCCUAUGAGAACCCCGUCAAGCCGGACCUGACGGUCGACGUUUCCAAGCAGUCGGUGCGUUCCAUUGUCCACCAGAUCGUGUUGACUCUGGAGAGCAAGGGUCUCCUUGACCGUUUGUAA